CUCCACGAGCUCCACUCGAUGGUACGGCCUGGGCGGGGCAGAGCCCACGCCGCGAAAACCGCGCGAAAUCCGCGCCCGGCAGCUUGUUGUCGCCAUGGCGCAGAGCCGUGUCACUGACUUCUAUGUGCGCCGCCGUCCUGGCCUGGCUGCACCCCGAACCAAGUCGACCUGUCGCACACCGAGCCCCACCAGGCUCGCCACCUCCGUGUCCGCCCCCGGUGGCAGCCGGAAGCGCGGCCGCCCGACCACCGUGCCCGGGAGCGACCAGCCCGUGCCCCCCGCGCGCAGGAGGCUGCGGCUGCGGGACUCGGAUUCCUGCCCCAGCUCCCCAGUUGACUCUGACUUCCCAGCUGCCCCCAGCUUCCUGGCUGCCCCCAGUCCCCCAGCUGACUCUGGCUCCUUGGCUGACCCUGGCUCCCCAGUUCAUCCUUCUUCUGCUAGGAGAAUAAAGAAAGUGGCUGUUUCGGAAGACCCAGCGCCCCACUCCACAACUCAAAAGCCUUGGGACAAGGUCCCCUCAAAGGACUCCAUCUCUGAGCUCCAGUCCUGUCUGCAGCGGGCACGUGAGUUGGGGGCUCGGGUCCAGGCACUGAGGGCCAGAGUCCAGGAAGAUGCUGGGGAGCUUCACACUCCAGAUGUGGAGGUGUCCACAGAGCAGCCAUGUGUCGAGAAGGUCCCUGCCUACCAGCGCUUCCAUGCCCUGGCCCAGCCUUGCCCCCCGGGCCUAGUCCUGCCCUACAAGUACCAGGUGCUGGCUGAGAUGUUCCGCAGCAUGGACACCAUCGUGGGCAUGCUCCACAACCGCUCUGAAACUGUGACCUUUGCUAAAGUCAAACAAGGUGUCCAGGACAUGAUGCACAAGCGCUUUGAGGAGCGCAAUGUGGGCCAGAUCAAAACUGUGUACCCCACAUCAUACCGCUUCCGCCAAGAACGCGAUGUCCCCACCUUCAAAGAUAGCAUCAAGAGAUCUGAUUAUCAGCUCACCAUCGAGCCCUUGCUGGAUCAGGAGGCUGGUGGCAGUGCCCCCCAGCUCACAGCCUCACACAUCCUUCAUCGGCGGCAGGUCUUCCGGCAGAACCUGGUGGAGCGGGUCAAGGAACAUCACAAAGCCUUCCUGGCCUCUCUGAAUCCCCCUAUGGCGGUACCUGAGGACCAGUUGAUGCGCUGGCACCCAUGCUUCAAUGUGGAUGAAGUGCCGGAUAUUGAGCCAGCCGAGUUGCCCCAGCCUCCUACCACAGAGAAGCUCACCACUGCCCAAGAGGUGCUGGCCCGCGCCCGCAGCCUGAUGUCACCCAAGAUGGAGAAGGCCUUGAGUAGCCUGGCCUUGCGCUCGGCUGAGCCUGGUAACCCUGCGUCCCCUGGCCCAGCACUGCCGGCCACUCCACCUGCCACCCCACCUGCCGCCUCUCCCAGUGCCCUGAAGGGUGUGUCCCAGGCCCUGUUGGAACGGAUCCGGGCCAAGGAGGCCCAAAAGCAGCUGGCACAGAUGAUGAGGUGCCCAGAGCAGGAGCUGCGGCUGCAGCGGUUAGAGCGCUUGCCAGAUAUGGCCCGUGUACUUCGAGGCGUCUUUGUGUCUGAGCGUAAGCCAGCACUCACCAUGGAGGUGGUCUGUGCCAGGAUGGUGGGCAGUUGCCAAGCUGCCCUGAGCCCAGGGGAGAUGGAGAAACACCUGCAGCUUCUGUCUGAGCUGCUGCCAGACUGGCUGAGCCUCCAUCACAUCCGCAGCGACACCUACAUCAAGCUGGACAAGGCUGCUGACCUGGCUGGCAUCACUGCGAGGCUGGCCCGCCAGGCCCGUGCUGAAGGGUUGUGACUUGAGUUCUGUUUCCUUCAUCAGUAUAACACACUUGGGCUUCCCUCCCACAUGCCGCCAGCCUGAGGGCCUCCUGCCAGCCGGGGCAGCUGUUUUGCCCAUGGGUCUCUACAGUACGCUGGUGUUAAAUUGGCUUCUAGGGCUUUGGGGCACCAGAGCUGGACCCAGCACUUGGGAGUGUCAGGGACUUAGAUAAGUAGGAAAGCACCUCUUACUGGGUGUCCAUCCCACAAGCUACUCAAGACUGGUUCCAAUUAUUGUCAAAACCAAGAUAAAGGUCCUGGUGGAAUCCCUCGGCCAGCCCAUAGUCCUGUUCCUGUGCUCAGGGAAGCUGCUCUACCUAGCUCAAAGCCUUAGGUCCCACACAAAGAACUUGGACUUCUGGCCAGAU